AGGAGUUCUAAGUUGUGGAGUUGAGAAACAUCGGGAGGACAAACAGGGAAGAGUGCUGGAUGGUAAAACCGGGAUUAGAAGAGAAAAAGAAGAGGACACGAAAAGCGCAGACAAUAUUUCAAGGAGUGCCGCCUUGCCUUCCAGACAAAAUCUUUUAGAGUUGGUCAGCGGUAAAUACAUGAGUCCUCAUACGCCCACGCAUCAUUAUUACCAGCAACAGCAACAGGUGUACUCUGUUCAACAGCGGUAUUUUAGCUCGUCUCGUGACUCGCUUCAUGGGGCUUAUGUGAAUCGUGGGGCGAGCGAGCUCGAUCUAAGCCGUAAACCGAAGAGAAGGGACCAUCUCAGGGGAAGAUUCAAGCUGCCAUAUACGGUUGCACUCACGUCCUCGCGCGACCAGUCGCACUUGCAUACACCUGCGUCUGUCAAUCAUCUCAGCAAUAGCAGCUGCAACGGUACCGAAACGAGAUACACGGUACAGCAGCAACAACAACAACGUGGUAGCAGAGGGUAUCCUGGACAACCUGGAACAAAAGGUUUUCGUACAGGUGCUCCUAAUUGGUCCUUCAUCUUCGAUCCUGCAGGACGUCUUUGUUACUACUGGUCGAUGGUGGUUUCCCUUGCCUUUCUAUACAAUUUUUGGGUCAUAAUCUACAGGUUCGCCUUCCAGGAAAUAAAUGGCGACACACGCUGGGUGUGGUUCUGUUUGGAUUAUUUCUCCGAUUUUUUAUACGUACUGGAUAUAGUAUUUCACAUACGAACGGGAUACUUGGAGGACGGUGUACUACAGACCGAUGCGACAAAACUGCGAAAUCACUAUACAAACAGCACCACGUUUUAUAUGGACAUCCUGUGCCUGCUGCCUCUCGACUUUUUAUACUUAUCUAUAGGAUUCAACAGUAUACUGCGAAGUUUUAGACUC